AACGCGCGGUGAUUCCAACAUUGCUCCUCGAGGUUCACAAACAAAUCCACGUCAAUGCCUAACAUAAAGGUGUUUUCUGGUAGUUCAAAUCGAGACUUGGCUCAAAAGAUAGCUGACCGUAUUGGCUGUCGAUUAGGUAGAGUUACUUCCAAAAAAUUCAGUAAUCAGGAGACAAGGUUAGUAAAUUCCUCUAGACAUAUAUUUCAUCAACGAUAAGUCUAACGAAUGUAAAUUUAUAGUGUUGAGGUUGAGGAGUCAGUUCGCGGAGAAGACGUUUAUAUAAUACAAACUGGUGGUGGAGAAGUUAAUGACAACCUUAUGGAACUGCUCAUAAUGAUUAGCGCCUGUAAGAUCGCUUCAAGUUCCCGAGUGUCCGCAGUCAUCCCCUGUUUCCCAUAUGCAAGGCAAGACAAAAAGGUGUACAGUGAUUAAAAUCAUGCAGCCUCACCACUGAAUUAUGAUUUACAAAUGUAGAAAGCAUGAAUUUGGUGAGAAUUCCUUUGUCAUAGAUGCUUUUGGAGCAUUGCUUCCGUUUUGUGGAACGAUCGGGUUACCAAAGUUGGAGUUAAGCACAGGGUAUUUAACAAGGUUCACACCGAUGAGGGCGCUAGAAAAAAAGUGCAUAUCAAUAAAGGUGAGCAUCGAAAGGCGAAUGAAAUUUUUGGUGGUGUGAAGUUUUGUCCAUUUACCAUCCGGUCUCUUUGGCUCUACGACCAAUUCAAAUUGUAGCUUUGAACGUCUACUAAAGAGCCUACUUUCAGACAGUAAGGUCUUUUUUCUACUUUAGUGACAAUUCACUAUUCUUAUUAUCCCAGUCAUGUUACUUCAUACGUCCAUUUCAAACAGCGAGGGGAAAAUCCUUUUCAAGGAAUGUCUGUGUAUUACUUUUCUAACCGAAUAAGAUUUUGUUUUUAGGUGACCGAAAAUAUAAAUAUUAUACACAGUGAAACGACGGUCAAUAUUUGUUACGAAUUGUAUUGAUAGAUCCAAGCAGUUCGAAAGCAUUAAGAAGUGACGAAUUAUUCAGUAGCAUGACAAACAUUUACAAGAUCAUUUUCAGAGAUGUUUGCUGUAGAUAAAAUGUUAGCACUCUAACUGUAUUUUAUGAAAGAGUAGUAAGAAAAUAUUAUUUUAAUUCACACUGUUUCAACAAACUUAACCUUUCUGUGACUAAUUAGCUACUUUUUCUUAAAAUAGGAUAAAUCACGCGCUCCGAUCUCAGCAAAAUUAGUAGCUAAUAUGCUGUCAGUUGCUGGAGCUGAUCAUAUAAUAACAAUGGACUUACAUGCCAGUCAAAUUCAAGGAUUUUUUGAUAUUCCUGUUGAUAAUUUGUAUGCUGAGCCUGCAGUUAUCAAAUGGGUCAAAACAAAUAUACCAGAAUGGAAAGACUGUUGUAUUGUUAGUCCGGACGCUGGUGGUGCUAAAAGAGUAACUUCAAUUGCAGAUCAGUUAAAUGUUGAUUUUGCCUUGAUUCAUAAAGAACGAAAACGUGCAAACGAAGUAGAUCGUAUGGUUCUUGUUGGAGAUGUAAAUAACCGUGUUGCUAUCCUGGUCGAUGAUAUGGCAGAUACAUGUGGAACAAUAUGCACUGCGGCUGACAAAUUGAUUGAAGCUGGCGCUGAGCGUGUUUACGCUAUCUGUACUCAUGGUAUAUUUUCAGGUCCAGCUUUGGAGAGAAUUAAUAAGUCAGCUUUUGAAGCUGUCGUUGUAACAAAUACUUUGCCACAAGAAGAAAAUAUGCGGAAAGCUCCUAAAAUUCAGUGUAUUGAUGUAAGUACUAUGUUGGCUGAAGCUAUCCGUCGAACACAUAAUGGUGAAUCUGUUUCUUAUCUAUUUAAUCAUGUCCCUUUGUAAUAACAACAACAAUAAUCUUGAAUCUCCCAAAUGACGCUAUAAGACACAAACUAGAAAGGAUUUGUUUUCAUAACUUCUCCUCCCCCCCCCUCUCAAAAAAAUUGUCUUUGUUCAAUUUUUGUACCAUUACAUUUGAUAUAUAAGAGUUCUUGUUAUGAUAAUCGAUUUGAGAUUUUUUCUUUCUUUAUUAUACUUUCCACAUAUGUACUACUACUAUCUAGUCUUGUUCCAUGAACCCCUUAUGUAUUUUGUUAAUUAAAAUAUAUUCCAUAAUGAAUUAUCUAUCUCUUUAUAUUCAUUGCCAAAUAUUUCAA